AUGCCUCUGCUCACUCUCCACCUCCUAACGCUCUCGAAAAACACCGACCUACAAUCCUUCUUUCAACAACUCCAACAUUCAACAAAGAUCAUCGUAGCCUCUCGCCCAAGACACAUAGUAAUCAAUCCAACAAUACUGGAUAACACCCCACUAGCGACAAACACCUGGGACCUACUACUGCUCCUCCAAAGUGACAAUCCAAACACUCAAGAUCCAAUCCCAACCCAUCUACGCAAAAACAUAACAGCCGAAUACAAACUAACGACCGGAAUCCCCUCAAAGCUUCUCUCAGCCUACUCAGCUCACUCGGCACAAUUGAAAACCACAGCCGCGACAAUCCCACUCACAGGGUCUCUAGACAAGAUCCUCCGCGAAGGCAGCAAAAAGACAUCUCAAAAGCUCGAAGUUUCACCGCAGCUCUUGGAGUUCAUGGCCUCUUUAUCGAAAGAACAUCCUGGCCCAGUGACCAUGUUGAAUCUGCUGCAUUUCAACUUUCCAGAUGGGAAGAAGAGUUAUUACCAAUAUGGCCAGGCUUUUGUGCCUGUGGCUGGGAAACGCGGUGGUGAUGCUAAGCUAGUCGGCAAUGUAGUGCCGUCUCCGUCGGGGUUCUUGGCUGAUUCGCGUGGAUCUAAAGCUGAGCAGGAAUGGUGGAAUGAGAUUUCUAUCGUGCACUAUCCGUCUAUACGGCAUUUUUGCGAUAUGUUGGCUGGAGAGGACUAUCAGGCUAUUAAUGAGAGAUAUAGGUUGUCGAAAGGCCCUGAGAGAUACAUUCUUGCUUUGUACGACUGA